UCACACCGAUCCACGAUGGCGGUUCAGGACGACCUGGCCACUCUGUUCGCUAGGAACAUGAGUUUGGCGGCGGCAGCAGCAGCGACAGCAGCACCACCCCCACAGUCCCAGCCACCAUCAGCUCCCGAGCAUACCGAUCCCAACAGGAUUGUGUACAUCUCGCAGCACUACACCCAUUCUGCCCAUAUCGCCCCGACCCCCGCCGCUGUUGACGAUGAUGAGCCCAUGGUGCAGCAGCGCUCGGCCUCCGAGCCCGCUGCUGGCCCCGCCGACCUGGAAUUGCUCCUGCGCUCCGCAGGCGUCGAUACUGCGGCUCUCACCCUGCCCCAGGUCGAGUUGUUCCGUCACGCCGAUGACGCUCAGCGCACCCGCCUCGUCCAGUUGUGGACCAUCUGUCCUCCUACUAUUAGUAGCAACAGUAUCAACAACCACCUAGGCCUGGUAUCGUGGGGUGGCGCCACUUCUCUCGAGCAGGAGGAGGCCCUAGCACGGCGGCGCUAUGACGAGGCCACCCAGAGUCAGCACCCUGUCGUGCCACCAGUGGCCGCCCCCGAGGUCGUCAUGAGCCUGGAUGGAACCGAAGUAGUCGAUGCCGGUCUAUCCAACUCACCGUCGUCGAGCGUGCAGUCGUCCGACUCGAGGUGGCACCCCGUUGCCCACGCCCACGGGUACAUGGAGCCAUACAUGCAAUCCGGCUACGAGGAGCUCGCACGGCGGGAGUAUGACCCGGCUGCGAGGAAACCUGCGCUGGAUCCGGUUUAUAGGGCCUCCGGCGGCAUGCUGGACUGGGAGAGGCAGCAGUGGAUGGAGAAUCAAUACGGGAGUUUUGUUGGGGGCUGGAGGGAUGACGAGGAGAUGUUGUGAAUGAUGAGUUCUCCACACUCUCUUUCUUCUUUUCUUCUUCUCUUCCUGAGCAUAUGCCUUAUUGUCUGGUUGAGGGAUUUCAAAUCUUUUCAAGGUGAAAGGGUGCGCAUCGGGGACGGAUUAUCCACUAUAUAACAGACAAGACAGACCUGCGUCAUGGCAAAGUGCCAUCUCGAAAUUUGGGGCGGUCUGGUCUGGUCUGGUCUGGUCUGUCUGGUCUGGUCGAGAUGUUACGGGAAAACAGACGCACGGCAUAAGGAUUAAGGCGUUGGCAUACUAUAGCACAUUCACCAUAUGAGUUUACCCCUUGGCCUUGAAGGGAAAAGGGACAACGGCGUCAGGCCAGGGAUAUUGUAAUCUUCUUUUCAAUACACGCAUCUCUAAUUCUUC